AUGGAUCUAUCAAAUACUGAUCGUGCAGGUGAAUCCGAAACUCCAAAGAUAUCACAACAAAGACGCUUAAAGCGUAAGAACCUCGCAGAAUCUCCGGUACGAUCAUCGAAGCCUUCUCAAAAACGGCCAAAGAGGAAAAAGGUUACCCCCCCCUUAUAUGAAAUAAAUGGCAUAUUAGAUGACCGAAAAUCUGGCAAAAUUACGAAAUUUCUGAUAGAUUGGAAAGACAAUCCCGAAACAGGGGAAUCCUACGAACCGACCUGGGAACCCUAUGCCAAUGUCACCGAAGCUGCAAUUUAUGAAUGGGAAAAUCGUUUAGCUAUACAAAAUCACAAUUCUCAAUCACAAGAUAGCGAACCUAUACGGCCGGCGAAACGAAGAAGAACGAGCAAUACUGAAGCUUCUGUCUUAUCCAAGAAAAGACGGGGACAUAAUUCCAAUAGAGCCGUUGGAGAGAGAGUCGGAACGAAGAACAAGAUCCAGGAGAUCAAGGAUAGUUACGAGGACCAAGAUUCGGGCCCUGGAAAUGGUCUUUCAAUUGUGAUAACUCUCAAUAAAGAUAUAAAUCCAAACGAAUAUACUGUCAUCAGAAGAUCAGCUCCGGCGUUUAUUUGGGACGAGGAUAUUGAAGCAGAUUCUCAAUAUUUAUCUAGUUCUACUCCAUACCAUCCGUCCAUUCCGAGGAGCGCAAGUGACAGUGAAGACUUUCAAUCAUCGGUACGACCCGAGACUUCGGACCGAACCCGGAGAGGUAUUAGCCGUAGUAUUCUUGGAAUCACACAACAUAACGUUAAGGAGCAACAAAAAGGUUCUAGUAAUAAAGUAAAUCAAAACGAGUCGUCUUUGAAAUCUUCAAUUCCGGACAGUUUUCUAAUUGAUAAUUCAUCCUCAUCAAUUGAUCAGAAUUCUGCCCCACUGGUAUCCUUGACACCACAUCAGCAUCUAAGACCGCAACCCCCCUUAGAACCUGCAGCCAGUGAGGAACCAUCUCAACAACCCCCCGUCACGGAUCUCUCUCCAGCGUUACAUUCUUCGAUCUCUAACUCUCAAAAUAAUUCUGAUCAAUCAUUAGAAGAGGAAGAGAAAGGAGAAGAAGAGCGGGAGACAGAUCAAUCUGAGACUCAGAAGCAAUUACAAUUACAAUCACAAUUGUCAUUGGAGAUACCUGAUUCGUAUCUUGUGAGCGAUACACCUACCAAAAGUUCUCAAACCCAAGGUGUGGAAGCGCACAUUAGUAGUCAAGACCGUGCUUCUUCUCUGCCUACUGGUCAAUCUCAACCCGAAAUUGUGCUUUCCGAAUCUCAACGUUCUCAAUCACUUCCCUCAGCCACAAACAAUAACUCAAGCUCAGAAGAAACUUGGCAAGCUGCGCAAAUCGUCACCCAAGUUCCUAGAACUUUAUCGCAAGACCCUUUUGGUGGAAAUUCCCUGUCACAAGGCUCUAGAGACCACGUGCAGGUUGACAAUUCGCAAGUCUCGAAUCUUGCACCCACAAUUCCGGAGCUUGACCAUCACGAUCUUUCAAAGUCGAACUCUGUAUCAGAGGAUCAGGGCGAUAAUAUUAACCGCGUUGCCCACACUGAACAUCCUGAAACGCAGCCCUCCGGCUCCGGGGCUUCCGUAGGAGCGCCAGUAAUAGAGAGUAUCGAGUUCGAAGCAGGUCUCCACAACGCCCAAUUACAGUCUCAAGAACCUCUAUUCUCUCAAGAUCCGGCAGACUUAGUCUGGCCUAGUAGUGGUGACUUACCGGCAAUAGCGUUGUCUCCCACUAAGAUGUCAGCUGCGUCUCAUCUUGCCGUUGGCGAGAGGAGAGCGAGGUCAACAAAGUCCAGAUCUCCAUCGACCUUGCCUCCACGAGUAGCAACUGCACCGCCAACGUCCUCAGCCAAUCUUCCAUUGCCCAUGCGGGAUAAUAUUGCUGAUGUAUCGAAGCCGCGCAAUAGGGCAACUUCCAUGCCAAGAGCUUCCAUUGAAUCUCCAAGUACGAGCCCCAACGUUUUGACUGUGCGCAAACUGGGACGAAAUGAAUUCAUUAUUCCGCUGCCAAUGAUGAAUCAAGUUCGUGAAGUAUACGAUACUACCAUCAGAGACAGAAAAAACGAUAUUCUAUCUUUCUUGGGGGGUCCGCCAACAGCAGCAGAUUCAGAAAGCAUGGAUUUGAUGAUCGAGGAGUUGAAAUUGAUAUGUGAUCAUCAAGAUCUGAUAGUGGAUGAGUCUUCGACUCAGAGCCUAGAUGACAGUACCCAAGCUAGAUACGCUGUAACUAUCAGCACCAAGUUCUUGUUUGUUCAACAGUUUCUGGACUCGCUUCGAUCAACUAAGGUUCAUGUGGUCAUAUUAGCACGAGAGAUGAUUCUACCUAUUCUUGAAGCGCUUUUCAGAUAUAGGGAAUACAAUUACAGUCGCCCCGAUAUAUCUGGGGCACCAGAAAAGUCUAUAAAGGAUUCGAUGCAGAUCACACUACUUCCUACGUGGAUCGAUGUUCGUGAUUGCCUUGUCGCUCCUGCUUCCGUGGUUUUGGCAUUCGAUUCGUCGUUCCCGACCUUCGAAGUAAGAGAUGAAUAUCACCAGAUUCUGCCUCUCGACCCCAAAAAUCCAGAAAAGCGUGUACCUUUACUAUGGCUUGUCACCACAAACUCGGUUGAACACAUCGAACUAUGCAUUCCCACUAGAGGAUCAUCAAGACGUAAAAAUAAGUUAGUCCAAUACAUCACCCAAACUCGAAAGGUUGUCGGUCGUUUAGAUACGACUGUCUAUCCUGAGCCACAACAGGCUGCCAGAGCAGCUGCGGAGUACAUUCUUGAGGAUCCGAUGGAAGUUUCCUGGCCCAUAGUGCCCAUGCCAGAUAUCGACAUUCCCUUGCCUGGUUAUGGAGCUUUCAACUGUCGGUCGGAUUCAUUGACACAAUCUUUGUUUUCGCCAACUGAACCAAGAAUACAAUCCGGCUUCAAGCGACCCUCUGAUUUCGAUGCUGUAGACGAGGAUACUGCAUCCAAGCGCCAGCGACUUACACCCACAAGACAAGGUAGAGAGCUUGAUUUGAAUACUACCAACGGGAACUUGGUGGAACUCAACAAAGAAUUGAAAAUAUUGCGUAGUCGAUGCGAAGAUUACGAAGGAAGUAUCAAACGAAUUCAACCAAAAUUCCAGCGAGCCCUUGACGAGAGAGCCCGAUUCGAGCACGAAAACGCCCAAGCCGUGAAACGUCUAUCCGAGUACGAGAGGAAACUGGAAAUAGAAGGUAGUGCAGCCGCAAAACUUCGUGAAGAGAACGCAUCAUUGAGAAUUGAGCUUUCCGUUGCUCAAACCUCUCUUGCCACCUCUACUGUUCCCUCUGUAGCUGAACUUCAGAAAACGAAAGACGAACUUCGUGAUGCACGGGCUGAAAUCGAACGUCUCAAGAAAAAUCACGCAAGUGCAGAAAAACGAGCUGAUUAUGCAGCGUCUCUCUAUCAAGAGCACUCUCAACAGACCCACGAAAUGCGCAACCAGCUUGAAGUCCUCCAAUCCGAACGCAAGGGCCUACAAAGCGAGGCCUCUGCCGCUCGUGUCGAGAUCCAAAAAGUCAAUCACGACGGAAUCAUACAGCAACAACUUGAUUCCAUCAAUGAGCUCAAGAGAGAACUUGCCGAACGAGAACGAAUGCUAGAAAGCGUUAGUAGGCAAUUGGAAUCAUACCAAAACGGACGAAGAACAACGCGUGGUACAAGUGUUCCAAGAAGUCCAAGAAUGAAUAACAUGAGCCCGAGGCCGAGAGUGAUGGGCAGCAUGGCACCAGGGAGCAAUACAGCGAGCAGGGGAAAUAGCCCAGCGCCAGGUGUCUUUGCUGGUGAUCUAUUUCAGGGCGGCGAUGCAGGAAGAAGAUUUGGCGCGCAUUUGCAGUAA